AUGACUGGUGGAGCUAACCUGGACUUGUUCCGCCAUUUGCUCCUCUAUCCCUCAGCUUCCGCCAACCUCCCCUUCCGCCACGCACCCUCGCCAUACAGCUCCCUCCCGCCCUUUGCCCACUCGCGAGUCCCUCGUGGUAACCCGCCCGCCACUUCCCCUCUCGCCUAUUUCUCCCGCCCUUUCCUGUCCCUUGAUGCCACUUCUUUCUCCAACCCCGCCAUCCCAUUCAUCCCAUCGCGACGACGUGCCUCACGACUCCUCGUGCGCGCCGCCAUGGGGUCCGUGGAGGAGGCGGGGGGGCGGCAGGUGGACCUCCGCCGAGCGGCGUCGGCGGGCGUGCUGCAGGCGGAGGACCGCGCGCACGCCGCGGCGGACGCGCUGCAGCAGCACCGCGCGGACCAGCAGCAGCAGCAGCCGGCGGCGCGCGCGCUGCCGGGGUGGUCGACGCGGCUGAUCGACUACUUCGUGGUGUGCGGGCUGGGCGCGGAGGUGCGCACCAUGGACGGGCAGCGCGGCUUCCACGGCGUCACGGCGCGCGACGGCGACCCCAUGCUGUACCAGCCGCAGAUGACGCCGCUCGACUUCUACCCGCCCAAGGAGCACAAGAAAUUCGGCGUCCCCGAGGGGCUCCCCAUGGUGCGCCGCUCCGCGCGCCCACACGGCUUUCCAUGGGCCCAACCCUUCCCCUCCCAACCCCCCCACCCCCGCCUUCACCCCCCACCCCCCCGCGCCCUUUCCUUCUCGCGCGCCUACUAUUUGCCACCGUGUCAUCCCCCUCGCCUCUCGCCCCAUCUUUGGCCGUUGGCAUGCGUUGUCUUCUUGUGGUUCCCCUCCACGUGUCUCACCCCCUCCCUCUUCUCUCGCUUCCCGCCUGCCUCCCACUCCACCAGUCUUGCUAUCCCUCCUUCCCUCCCUCCUUCCCUCCCUCCCUCCCUCCCUCCCUCCCUCCCUCCCUCCCUCCCUCCCUCCCUCCCUCCCUCCCUCCCUCCCUCCCUCCCUCUCGUGGUGAUGCCGCGGGGGCUGCGUUUCUAUGAGAGAGGGCCGUUUUCCGGUGACAAGAGCACUCAGCCGCGCUCUUACCCCAUGGUCAUCACAGACACGGUGGGGACGAAGGUGUAUGUGACAGUGGUGGCGUUCCGCGACCCAGUGGAGGAGGACGUGGCGGAGGCGUGGGGCAUCCCCGCCUCGCACUACGUCGACAAGUGCCUCUGCCUCGUGUCCCACUGGCCCUUCUUCCACACCUUCACCCAGGCGCUCGAGGAGAUCCACCGCAUGUGCUUCUGCACCGCUGGCUGCACGCAGCCAGUGUGGGAGCUGGUGCAGCACCUGGUGACGGCCGUGCCGCUGCCCGACCCCGGGCGGCGCUCCGUGGUGUUUUCUGUGGAGAAGUGCCUCCUCUUCUGCGAGGCGCCGCCGCCCGCCACCCUGCCCGCCGUGCAGCUCUCAUUCCACCCGUUGGUGCGCAGCCUGGACGUGGACAACAUCAUUCUGCUCGUCACCGCCGUGCUGCUUGAGAAGCGCAUCCUCCUCCGUGCCACCCAGUAUGAGCUGCUGACGCUGGUGGCGGAGUCGGUGUCUCACCUCAUCUACCCCUUCAAGUGGGCGUACCCCUACACGCCCGUGCUGCCGCUCAACAAGCUGGAGCUCGUGCACAUGCCGGGAAGCUUCCUCUUCGGCAUCGUGCCGACGCGGUGGACGGACCACGACCUGCCGGGCGGGGUGAUGGUGGUGGACCUGGACGCCAACCGCAUCGCCAUCACCACCAGCGGCUACGACGACGACGGAGACACCAUUCCCCCUCUGCCCGAGCCCGAGAACACGCAGGUUCGGGAGGCGCUGCUGCAGCUGGUGGCGCCGGACCUGAUGGCGUUGGACCAGGCGCGCACACGCGACUUCAGCUGCGACCUGCACAAGUUCAGACGCCCCUGGGGCCGCCUGCACGACCGCGAGAUCCGAUUAAUCUUCUUUCGCUUCUUCGCAUCCAUCCUCUGCAGCUACAGACAUUUUGUGGACAAGGUGGUGGAGCCAUCAGGCCACGUCAAGUCGACGUUCAACAAGGCCAGCUUCUUCCGCAAGCGCGCCAAGGUCACCGGCAACACCGACGAGCCCCUCAUAUCGCAGCUGCUACACACGCAGUGCUGGCAGCAGUUCCUGGACGGCAGCAGCAGCGGGGUGGUGUCAUUCUUUGACCGUGCGCUGGUGGAGCUGGAGGCGCUUGACAUCGCCACCGGCCCCGCCAUGGCGUCUGUGGACCUCGCUGAUGAUGACGGGGCUCCCGAGAUUGUCACCGUGCCGCCUCCCACACCUAAAGAGCGGGCGGGGGGGCGGUACACGCACCGGGCGUUCCCAUCGUUGGAGCGCAGUGCGGAGGAGAAGCAGCGGCGCUACGAGUUCCUGCAGCAGGUGCGCCUCGCCGCCGACGCCCAACACAACUCCGAGGCGCGCCGCGUCGUCAGUUCGGAUGUGGAGGAGGCGGUGGUGCUGGAGGAGAGGAGCCGCGGCACCAACAGACUGCGCGAACAGGAGGAGCGCGAUGCAAUGGUGGGCGCCAUCAAGGGCAAGUUCUCCAAGCUAUGGGACCAGCUGCUGGCGCUGCCACCAGACGAGGAGCCGCUGUCGUCGCGCGAGUACGGCACCAUCUAUGCGAUGAUGGAGGACGAGGAUGGAGUGGGGAGCUCUGGCUUCAUGGAGGUGCUACAGGACAAACUGCAGUCCAAGGCGUGGGGAGGCGACCUCAAGGCGGACCUCUUUGUGGCUGUGCGCGAGCUGGUGGUGCUGUCAAUAUCGCGGGCCGCCAUGCGCAGCGACAUGCAGUCGGUGCUGGCAGCAUUGGAGCUGGCGGGAGCGGUGCACCAGAGGGACGGCGCGGGCCACAAGGACACCGUGCUCCGACACAUCGGCGCCCUGCCCAUCUGGAAGGACUUCCGGUUCUGGAAGACGUAUCACGACACGCAGCUGGAAGUCAACCCCGACUUUGAGGGCAAGGUGGCGGAUCUGGUGCAGCAGCUGCUGGGGGGACUCGCUCAAGUCAUGGCGGAGAUGGGGCUGGUGGACGGAGACGCGUGGGCCAUGCUCGAGGUGCUCUCCAGCCGCCUCAGCCUCAAACGCCAGAUAGUGCUGCGAGGCCAGCUGGCGUUGCUGCAGCGCGCGUGGCAGUACUACCCACUCUCGCCCACCUCGCCUCUCUUCUCCGCCACCUUCGCCCGCCACACACACGCCACCCCGGGCACCGUUGAGGAGGGCAGUGGCGAGGGCGCGGGCGGCGGCGGGGCGGGCGGCGAGAGCCAGCUGACAACAGCGCUGGGGACGGCGGCGGGGCGGUGGAUGAGCACGCUGGGGAACCUGAACCUGGGCAACUUCCAGAAGCAGCAGCAGGACAAACUGCUGCAGGGCGGGGGCGGGUCUCAGCGCAUUGGAGUGUUUGACUCGGAGGGUGGCAAGGAGCGGCCGGGGGUGAUGGCAUCCAAGUCGCUGCGCCACUCGCACGCGCAGGCGAGGGGCGCCACGGGGGUGCGAGUUCUCCGGGGCCACAAGCAGCCAAUCACAGCGCUCCAUGCGGGCACGCGCAGCGAGCUGGGCGACCUACUGCCAGACGGCGAGGACGGUGCGGGGUACUUUGUGAGCGGCAGCUGCGAUACGAGUGUAAAGCUGUGGGACCCCAGCACCCGGGGGGAUGAGCUGCGCGCCACCAUGCACGGCCACACUGGCCCGGUGCGGUGUGUGGGGUCGGACGCAACGAGGGUGCUGUCAGGAGGCGACGACAAGCGCCUGCUCGUGUUUGACAAGGCCACCGCACGCAUGCUGGCGGACCUGCGCGGCCACCACCAAAGUAUCACAGCCCUGCGCAUGCUACCGGGGCUCAACAAGGGCAGUGUGGUGACGGCGGGCAGGGAGGGGCAGGUGAACCUGUGGGACACGCGCACGGACCACAUCGCCAGCACCCUCUUCACGUGCCCCUCGCCCCACAUCAUCCUCUCUCUUGACUACCUGGACCACGCUGGCAUCCUCGUUGCUGCUGGCACCCAGGGCAUCUGCUAUGUGUGGGACGUGCGGGCAGGCAAGGAGCGGUUCCAACUAGAAGGCCACACCAACUGGGUCAGGGCGGUGCGGGUGGCAGGGGACGUGGUGGUGACGGGCAGUGACGACUGGACGGCGAGGGUGUGGACGCUGAACGACGGCGAGUGUGAGGCCACAGUGGCAUGCCAUGCGGGGCCCGUCACCGCCGUCGACUAUGUCACGGCGUCGCGUGGCUUCAUCACCGGCUCAGCUGACUGCACUGUGCGCCUCUGGGACCGCGGCGAUGGGGUGCAGCCGCGGUGUGUGAAGACACUGACCAACCACACAGCGCCCAUAGUGGCGGUGCGUGCCUCGGACCGCUACGUCACCAUGGCAGCGGAGGACGACUCGCUGUCCCUGCUGCACCGCCCCUUCGCUGACCGCUCCUCGCCCUCGCUGGGGCCCCUAGGCGGGCCGGGCAGCAUGAGCAACGGCGCGCGCGGCUAUGUGGGCAGCGUGGGGGUGAUGACGGACUGGCAGCUCGCCAGACACCUCAACCGCGCCCCCGACCUCGUGAGCGCUGCCCUCUCACAUGUGCUGUGCCCUGCCAUGCCACAUGUGCGCCUGGGUGCUUCUUGCCAUGCCUCACCUCACCAAGCAGAGCAGUUGGGGCAAGCGGCACAUGUGCUGCUGCAUGCCCAUGCAUUCUCAAACACACCCACGUGUCAUGCGCCCUCACUCCACUACCAUCUACACCCACGUGUUGUGCCCCGCCAUGUGGAUUCUCAACAUUGUUUGUGCACAACCCCCCUGCACUCUGUGCUGCAUGCCCGUUGUGCCCUGUGUGCCCUGCAGAUACGACAUGCAGCAUGCGAUGUGGACCGCGGACGCAUCUGCACGGGUGCUCGCUCGGGAGUGCUUCGCGUGUGGGAACCACCCACGCCCCUUGCUUGA